CCAAAUUGCAUAAAAAGAGUCUUUAUUAAUAGGGCUCUCUUCUUGAAUGCUGCUUCAGAUGUCUGAUCUUCCCACAGUCAAUGUUAAUUUUGCUACUAUUCAUUAAAUGCUCCAUCAAUUCUUGAAAUUAGGUAUUCUUACACAUUAGGGAAAGCUUUGAUCUUUGUUGUUGAUUUUAUGGUGGGACCCCACAUCUCCAAACUUGGCACUAGGAUAACCCUUUAAAACCCCAUUUGAUUUAAGAAUUUUGCAGAUAGUAUUUCACAAAUAUAUAUUGGAAAUAUACAGUGCAUAUGUGGUUGUCUAUAUAAGUGCUGGGAACGUAGGUAGGUGAAAAAAUUUAAUUUUAGUAUUACUACAUCCUCCCCUUUCUUGACUGUCUUGAGUGUGUGUGUGUGUUUUUAGGUUUUCUUGGUAGUACAGUUUGUGGGUGUUGAAUAACUGUUUCAAAGUUCCAAUCUUGGUAAGAAUUAGUGUGAGGAGAUGAGUUAUCUUGGUGUGGGUGUGAGUCCUGGCAAUGUUCCUGUGUUCCACGGCAGCAAUCUAAGGGUGUUGGACAAGAGAGUGAGGCUUGCAGAGCUGAUUCUGAGGUGUUUGAUCUGUGCUCUAGCCGUGGUUUCUGCUGUACUAAUUGGGACUGACACUCAGGUUAAGGAGUUCUUCACUAUCAAGAAAAGGGCCAAAUUUACAGACAUGAAAGCACUUGUUUUCUUGGUGGUGGCAGAUGGGAUUGCGGCUGCCUACUCUUUUUUCCAGCUUGUGAGGUGUGGUGUGAGUAUGGUUAGAGGGAGUGUGCUCUUCAACAAGCCCUUGGCUUGGGCCAUUUUCUCUGGGGAUCAGAUAUUGGCGUACUUGAGUAUGGCUGCAGUGGCGGCCUCUGUUCAAUCAGCGGUGUUCUCCAAAUACGGGCAGACAGAGCUGGAGUGGAUGAAGACAUGCACAUUGUUUGGGAAGUUCUGCAACCAAAUCGGAGAAGGCGUGGCCACCUCAGUAGUGAUGACCCUCUCCACGCUCAUCCUCUCCGCUAUCUCGGCUUUCAGCCUCUUUCGACUGUAUGGAGACAAAGGGAAGGAAAGUGGGAGAUGGUAGAACCACUUUGACAUCAACAUGUCUCUUUGUUUUCUCUCUGAAAAGAAGUGAAUUAGUGUAGGAUUUGUUCAGUGUAAUAUCUCUAUAUCAGUUUGUGCUUUGGUUUGCAGUAUAAUAAACUACACAAUGUUUGUUUUUGUAUUUUGUGAAGCUUUUGGUGUUACCUCUA